UGCGGCGGUCCGCGACACACUGACGCCAGCCGCGAGAGCAGCUCGAGCUGUAUGAAUGCUUUGAAGGAGCGCACCAGAAGAAAGAGUCAGAUGGGUUUGGAAAACAUUGGGUAUACUAAGAUAAUCCAACCUAGCCUUGGAAAAACGCACCUUUCUGCAAUACCUGUUCCUGUGUCACAGUGGUUACGUUUUUGUUACUUUUGGAGGAGGUAGAGGAAAAGUUUACUAGUUCCUGCGGCUCUCGCCUCUCAUAUUAAGCAAAAACACUAGACUCUUGUGUGUGUUGCUGUAUCCUACGGAGUCACUGUGACAGUGUUGGCUGGGGCGCACAUAGCGCCACAAUGAAUGUCACAUCACUCUUCUCCUUCACCAGCCCGGCAGUCAAGCGGCUGUUGGGCUGGAAGCAAGGCGACGAAGAGGAGAAGUGGGCAGAGAAGGCGGUGGACGCACUGGUCAAGAAGUUGAAGAAGAAGAAGGGUGCCAUGGAGGAGCUUGAGAGGGCCCUCAGCUGCCCUGGUCAGCCCAGCAACUGCGUCACUAUCCCUCGCUCACUGGACGGAAGGCUCCAGGUGUCGCACCGGAAGGGGCUGCCACAUGUCAUCUAUUGCCGCGUGUGGCGUUGGCCCGACCUGCAGUCACACCAUGAGCUCAAGGCAUUGGAGUGCUGUGAAUUCCCCUUUGGAUCAAAGCAGAAAGAUGUGUGCAUCAACCCCUACCAUUACAAGAGGGUGGACAGUCCAGUGCUGCCUCCAGUGCUGGUGCCACGAAACAGCGAGUUCAACGCUAAACUAUCUAUGCUGCCACGUUUCCGCAACCCACUGCACCAGACGGAGCCCCUCAUGCCUCAGAAUGCCACUUUUCCUGACUCCUUCCCCCAGCAGCCAGUAAACGCCCUUCCCUUCACCCCAAACUCCCCUACCAACAGCUACCCUAGUUCGCCCAACAGCGGCACAGGCAGUACCACCACCUUUCCCCAUUCACCCUCCAGCUCUGAUCCAGGGAGCCCCUUUCAGAUGCCAGAAACUCCCCCACCUGCUUAUAUGCCCCCAGAGGAGCCAAUGACACAGGACUGUCCCCAGCCAAUGGACACUAACCUGCUUGCUCCGAACCUGCCUGUGGAGAUCAACAACCGGCCAGAUGUUCAGCCUGUGGCCUAUGAGGAACCCAAGCACUGGUGCUCCAUAGUGUACUAUGAGCUGAAUAAUCGGGUGGGAGAAGCCUUCCAGGCCUCUUCCACUAGCGUAUUGGUGGACGGCUUUACUGACCCCUCCAACAACCGCAACCGCUUCUGCCUGGGUCUGCUGUCGAAUGUCAACCGCAACUCCACGAUUGAGAACACCAGACGCCACAUUGGAAAAGGAGUCCAUUUGUACUAUGUGGGAGGAGAGGUGUAUGCUGAAUGUUUGAGUGACAGCAGUAUCUUUGUCCAGAGCCGUAAUUGCAACUACCACCACGGUUUCCACCCCACCACUGUAUGCAAGAUCCCCAGUCGCUGCAGCCUCAAAAUCUUCAAUAACCAGGAGUUUGCGGAACUCCUGGCACAAUCUGUCAAUCAUGGUUUUGAAGCCGUAUAUGAAUUGACCAAGAUGUGCACCAUUCGCAUGAGCUUUGUAAAGGGUUGGGGUGCAGAGUACCAUCGACAGGAUGUGACAAGCACCCCAUGCUGGAUUGAGAUUCAUCUUCACGGUCCCCUGCAGUGGCUGGAUAAAGUCCUCACCCAGAUGGGCUCCCCUCACAACCCUAUUUCCUCUGUGUCCUAGACAGAGCUGACCAUAAAGCAAUGGCUUAUGGAACCCUCUCAAUCUAGGGUCCCACAGAGCAGUUGAUUGGUUAAAGGGAGGGAGGGAGGAAGGGCGAGAGGGGUGGGGUUUGUAUUCUACUUGAAGGAAGAUUGAUUGGGGGCUCCUCAGUUCUUAGCCUGAGAGAAUCUGGAAGAUACUUGACAACUUUAUGUGACCAAGCAUGUUAAAUGAUGAGGCCAUCAUAUUUGUGGCAAGUAUCCCCCUUUGGUCUUGUGAAAGAAAUAGUUUUUUUUAGCAGUUUGUUUCUUUCUUUUUCUAUUGCAUUUCUUCUCCUUUUUCCAGUUUACAUCUCAGUAUUCCAUUGGGGAAAAAAGAUCUGAAUCGUAACUUAGAGGCUAGUACAGUGUUGUACAUGUACAGAGUAGUGGGUUAGAUGAACAUGGGUAAAAAAAGAGACAAUAUUAUUGUAACAAAGUUUAAAAUGGGCAAGGAGGAGGCAGGAGCCGGACGAACCAUCAAAAUAAUGUUUAAUGAAAACACAACAAAAUAUCUCUCUCCCGAUCUUCCACUUCUGGCUCAUCCUUAUCCCUCUCCUCGACUAAUAAGCCCAAUUGGGAGCCGGCCAAGCGCACAUACGUCCCGGCCCUGCCCUCCUCCUUAUCACACUCCUCCCUCCCUUACCUCAGGCCGGGGGGUGGGACGUUGCCCUGUCGGCCGCACCUGCCGGCAGGCUUUCCUCAUCUUUCGAGACCUUGGAGGGAGACAUAGGGGAGGGAAAAGAGGAGAGGGAAAGGGCAAGGCAGAGUGGCAGUGAGAGAGAGCGAGAGAGAGAGAG